AUGGAAAGUAAAACAUCGGCCGUGCUAGACGUAGUCGUAGAAAAUAAGGAAAAUCCGUCCGUUUUCAAAGAAAAAGAAAUCGAUCCUUCCAGCGUUUGUAGCGAUUCGACCUACGAUAAUUCAUUGGCCCAAUCUCCGAGCAUCGAAAGCUUCUCGACCAUACACGACAUCGAGAAUCUCUCCGAAUUAAACAUGGACGAAAAUUCGGAUCUGUGCGUGAAAAUCGACAAUCCCCAGAAGCAUUUGGAAACGUUAGAAACAUACAUAACGUUCAGAAUAACCACCAAAGUGGCUCGAAUCGAAUUCACCGAUAACGAGUACAUCGUACACAGAAGGUACAACGAUUUCCUUUGGCUGAGACAGAAACUGGUCGAGGGCCAUCCCUUUUGCAUCGUACCCCCUUUACCAGGAAAACACUCUCUAAUCGGCCAACUGGAUCGAUACUCCAAAGACUUCAUUCUGGUCAGGAUGAAAUCCCUCAACGUUUUCGUAUCGAGAGUUGCCAAACAUCCGAUCCUCAGUUGCGAUGAACAUUUCAAAGGGUUCCUCACCCUCCAGCCCGGCGAUUUCGUCCUUCAUCGAAGACAGAGACAUCCUGUACAGAUGAAAUCGAUUCGAUUCGAUCAUCGUCGAUCGAGCGGUUCGACGUCGAACAAACAUUCGGAAUUCGAAAGGACCAAGGCCUACUUGGGCGCUUUGUCGGAGAAAUUGGCCUCGAUCGAGAGGAUAUCCGGUCGCGUCAACAAAGAGAGGAGCGAAUACGUGACGGAAUUGAACAACUUCCAUCCGAUUUUCACCACUUGGGCCACCAGCGAGCCCCAUUUGGCCGAGCUUUUGAGCCAAAUAGGGGGCGCUACCGAGAGAAGUUCGGCCGCUCAAAGCGCUCUAAUUCACGCCUACGGUAAUACGAUGGGGAAUCCGAUCAGGGAGUUUUUGAGUUACAUCGAGGUGGCUCAGGAGACGCUGAAGAAGAGGGAGUUCUAUCAGUAUUCGUACGAAACGUCCGUUGAAGAGUUGAAUAAGAGGCAUUUCGAAAAAGAUAAAUUAGUAUCGAACCAACGGAACCCGUCCCAAUCGAGUUCCGGUUUCUCCCUGUGGAAAUCGUCGAGCAGCAGCAGCAACAACAGCGAGGAAAAAUUGGAGAAAUUGGGCGUUUGCAUUCCGCAAUUAAUAAAAAAAGUGGAAACCGACCAGGAUAAUUUGGAAUGCGCCAACGAAUCGUUGAGGAGCGAUUUCCAACGAUGGCAAUCGGAAAAGCAACAUUGCUUGAAAAAAAUUCUGUUGGAUUUCGUCGAUCGACAAAUCGAUUUCUAUCGGACGAGUUGCGACAGUUGGGAAUUCGUCGCCGGCGAGAUCAAUCGACGGAACGGUUCUAAUCAGAAGUGA